AGGCCAGCAUGGGCCCACCAGCUGGUGAGCAGGAGCUGGUCUGCAGGCUGACAAGGGCACAGGAGCCAGCCACCCCUGUCACAGGCAGCUGUCUACAGCAGGGGUCCUCACUCUUUGGGGUCCUGACUUUCUUCUCCCACUGCUUGGUCAUCCUUCUACAACACAGUGACAUUGCCAUGCUCAUGUCUUACAUCUUUCCCUUUGGGAGGUGAUCUCACGUCACACGGACAAAGACUUCAUGUAGCCUAUAGAGUAGUGUCCACAGUCAGAUGCAGAGAGGGCAGAUACAGCCUAGAUGUGAUAGAAGGUGAACACGCAAGGAAGGUAGACUGGCAGGUGUGGUGAAUCUUCCAUGACCACCAGGCUCUCGCCUCCCCAUCCAGGGAAAACUGCCUUUUGUCCGACAGGACCUCAUAUUAUGCUUUGAUGGAAAUGCUGUAAGCUUUACCUCCGAUGGGAAGAAAAUGAGAGCAGCUUUUUCCGAAGCUGUUUCGGUUUUUCAUCCACCGGGAACAAUGAGUGGGCAGGAAGAGCCUGUGGCGGGUUGUGUCUUUAGGUCUCCAGGUCUCAGUCCAGCCUUAGUGAAAGUGUCAUUUGGUUUUAGUGGUAAUUGGAGUAUUCUAUGGCUCUAGGAGUUCCUGCUUUCUUUUUAAAUUCAGUUUGCCAGUCCCCAUUCAACUGCUGGCUUAGUUCUCUUUCCCUUGAGUCUUUCUUUCAUAAUGAUUAGUCAAGAUCAGAAUGUUUGAUCCCAAAAUGAUUCAUCUUACCUGUCCAAGGGCAGUUUGAUGUUUUGCAUAGUUAGAAUCGUUUUUAUCUUCAUUUCUCACCCUGCCUGUAGGUGAGGCAUAUCUGUUCAUUUGCUUUUUUAUGCAAUAUUUGACACAUUCUAAAGAUUAUGUUCAUUUUAUAUACCUACUUUGUGCCAGGCAAUAUCCUAGGUACCAGCGAGAUAACCGAACAAAAGGAUUCUUAUACCUAUGAAGUGUACAUUCUGGUGGAAUAUUUACGUACUUUUUCUAUGUAAAUUAGAAACAUAACGUAAACUUUUUUUUUUUUUUUUUUUUUUGCCUUGUUGCAUCUGAGAAAGCAAGAUGGGUCACCAACAGCUCUACCAGAGCCAUCUGAGGAAAGAGGAAAUUUGGCCAGGGUUCUCACCUUGCCGCAUCUGCUCACACCAGUACUGUGUGAUCUGGCAAUAUGGCCUCAGUAUGUGCCGCCAGUGUUUCCAUCAGUUCACAAAGGAUAUAGGCUACAUUAAGUUAGACUAAGUGAAUCUCCUUGAAUGGGUCAUCCAAGAUACCUACCUACCUUAAUGCCAACUCAUUGUACAUAAAAUAAAAAUACUUCAAUUAUGAAAAACAACACAUUGGAGAAACCACUCUUUCUCUAAAAACAAAACGGGGGCACUGGCUGGCUCAGAGCCUGGGACUCUUGAUCUCAAGGUUGUAAAUUUGGGCCCCAUAUUGGGUGUAGAUUACUUUAAAAAAAUAAAUUCUUU